AUGGCCCCGGUUCUUGCGCACUUUGACUUGGCAAAUUCAGUGGACUUGUCAGCUCUUCCCGAGAUCUCCGCCUCUUUGAAAGCGGCACUCUGCUUCCAUCGGAACUUGGUGAACGCAGGAUAUGAGGAAGACAGUCAGCCUUUUUGGUCGGAGUUGUUGCACCCGUUGGUCUCCUUCUUCGAGGGUGCAAAGCAGGUGCUAAGUCACGACAUUGAGAGCUUGACAGUGGAGACUGCUGACCAGCUCUUUCAAUCGAGGGUGAGGUGGAUGCAGGUUCAGGAUGUGAUGCGAGAGUGUCAAGGAUGGGUCGCUCCUCAGGAUGUCUUUGAUAGGCGCCAAUAUGAGCAAGAGCACGCAGAGGUUGCCCAAUUGAGCAAGAUCUUGCAGUGGCUGGCCGAUCGGGACAUAGAGGGCUGUGCUGGGCUUCUUCAGGAAAUCGACUUGGGCGCCUCUUCCCUCACCUUAAAAAGGCUGCGAACUCAUCGCAGUCGCGUGCAGAGGGAGCUCAGACCGCUACAGUCGAACCUGAAGCUGUUGCAGCAUUUCGUCGAUCGCGAGUCCCAGUUCUUUAAUGCUGCAGUGCUGCUGCAAGCGACAGAGCAUCCAGGGCAGACCAUGGCAGAUGCUGCCUUCUGGGUGCUUGAAACAGACCGCCUCAUUCAGGCAUUACUUCGCACGGACAUCAAGCUACAGGAUGCCAAAGUAUUCAUCGAUAUGACACAACAGGUCAACAUUCCGGACGAGCUUGCCAAGAUCACGUCCUACGAAGGCUAUGCGCACACCAGCGAGGAGCUGCCGGCAACUAUUCAGCGAGCCUUGAAGCUUCUGCAGUACUCUGUUGCUGCCCAUGUGGUGGCCGCGGUCGCCAAAGGCUUUGGUCUGGUCCCAGAGGAUGACCCAGACAUUUGCUACAUUGAGCUGGAAAGCCAGAGACGUCCGAAUCGACUACUUCGCGAAGCGCCCAAGGAGUAUGAGAAGCUCGAACAGCUGUUCCGGUGCCCUGAAGGUUCAGCCGUGAUCGACUUUUUCAAGGAGAUCGAGUACGUUUCUGUCAAGGGCCAACAUCAUUUCGAACAGAUCAAGAACAGCUUGACCAUUCAGCUGCGGGGGCAGAAUGUCGAAAGGAUGCUCCUGAACGAGGAGGUCUGCAGGCUUGUUACCCCCUUCUUGACCAGAUGCAAUUCAUUGGCAGACUUUGUGAAGAACCUUGUGGUCGGAUUGGGCAAGUCAUGGGAGAACGCGAUGGCGACCUCCCGUGCACUUGAUGAAACCGGCACCUUCGUGGUGCAGCUGAAUGCUUUGGAAGGGAAGCCGCACUCUGCCUGCGUCAACUACCUCUUUGACGGCUCCAGAUCGGUUCGAGCCAGUUCCUCCAAGGUUUUCGAGAUUCUGCAGUGCCUUCAAGACUUGGAAGCAAGCGGGCAUCCUGAGUUUCAGCUCAAGGAGCUGGAAUUCUCAUUGGGAGGCUCUUUGAGCACUCUCAGUGGCGAGGCUGAAGACUUGAAACGGCGGCAGGAUGCAUGGAAGUCGCUGCUGCAAUCCUCGCGCGUGCAGUGUGCGCUUCUGUCUCUUUUCGAUAGCCGUGAGAUGUUUGUCCUUAUCGCGCUGAGCACCCCCGGCCAUGUCCAACGCAAGAGGGUGGUCGAAUCUCUGCUUGGCCCAACAGAGUGGCCCGAAGACGAGAACAGCAGGAAAAGCUUGGAGGCAACCCUCGCGGCCCAGUGUUUGGAAAGCCUCCUGCACAGCCUCAGAGAUCUGGCGGUGGUGCCAAAUGACUUGAUGCAGAAGUUGAUGAGCUUCUGGAACUCCAAGUCUGGCCCCAGCGAAGCACUGCCGCUGGAGCAGGCCAUGAAGCAACUGCAGAAGACUUUGGAGAAGCUCGGGAUUCAGGCAGCAAAGCGUGCCCUUGGAGGGGUAAGUCAGGGUCACUACCAAGCUGCCAUGAGUUUGCCAGCAGAUUGUUGGAGGUCGGAGAUUAGCCUGUUGGCACGAGCUGGUGCAAAGUCUGACAGGUGCAUUUUGCGAUGCCAUCCGUCGCUCCAACUGCACGGUCUCGAUGAUUUCUUCCAACGGGUGGAGCUUGUGUCUGGGGGCACCUUCGUCGUCCUUGGUGUCAACAGUCUGCCCUUGCCUCUGCAGAAACGAGUUCAAGAGAUCCAAUGGCAGCUGCACGACAAGGAGAAAGCGCACGGCCGGGUCUUCUACACCUACACCGGAAUCCAGGUCCCCCCGCAGCCAGAUUUCAUUCAAGAAAUGACAGUUCAGCUUCUAGACGAUGAUGAGUUGCGGUCAGCAUUUGGUACGCGAAGAGACAGCAUCACGGUGGUAUACGGUCCUGCCGGUGCCGGGAAGACGGACAUGCUGCACAACAUGCUCGGGAGCGACACGCCACUCCUGAGCAUCACCGCCCAUUUCGACGAGAAGCGUGCUCAAGUGACCAUGAACAGGUUGGCUGCGCAGGACCGGGGUAUUGGCCUCAAGAUAUCCGAAGAUGCCAACCACCUCUACGUCAACCGCCUGCUUUUUGACCUGCUCCUUUGCCGAACCUGGCGUUUGUCCUCCAACGGGUCCGUCUUUGCAGCUGGCCCAAGCAAGCGGCUGACCUGGUGCAUUGAAGUUCCAGAUCUGACGUCAGAUGGUCGCCCGACGGAGGAUAUUUCCCCAGCAGCUUCGACAUUGCACAUUUUCCCGGUUCUGAAUAUAUGCCAUGCAGAGCUCAAGAUGAUCUGUGACAACACGCACCAGCUGCGCGUCGGCCCUGCCGAGCAUUUCGUGGCAAAGUUCUUGCAGGCAGGCCUUCCGCCUCGCCAGGGAGGACAGCGAGCAAUUGACAAAUUGGGUUUCAAUGUGCCCGUAAGCCACCCGGAAGUCGUGGAUGAUUUCGUGUGCCGUCUCUUGGCCACAUGGUUUGAUGACAACGGGGCGGCCAUGCUGGCAUGGACGUUGGGCUUGCAAGAAAGGGAGGUGAAAGAAGCUUGUUGCGAGCUUGGCUUCGUUCUGGUCGAGGACAUCACUUUUCGUCUACUGUGCAUUCACGAACGGCGUCUCGCUGGUGAGCCCGUGAUCAUUGAAGGCCUUACGGGUGUGGGCAAGACAUUUCCGAUCAAGGUCUACGCCCGCUUGUUGAAUAACAAGCUACUGAAGAAGGAGCCCACUCUGCAAGAGAUUUUGCAGUCCAUGCACUACUCUCACAGACGAGAGGACAGUGACUUUGACGAAGCACCAAGAACUACAUGGCGCGUGAAGACGUGGCUGCGAGAAUCCAUAUUGCCACGAAUAGCGGACCAACAAAAGCGGCAUGAGCUCAACAACAGGCUUCUAGAGUCCUCAUGGACUGACACGGCUCUGCUGGUGGAGCUGUUUGAGAAGCUGCAGGAGGAGCUGGACGAGCUGCAACGCCAGGACACUGCAGAAUUGCUGGCUCCGCCAGAAUCCUUGGCAGACGAGCUCUGGGAGAAAGUGGCCGAGUGGCUGGACCAGUGCCCUUUGUUGGAGGCCUCACCCAGGCUUUGCGAGUACCUGGAAGAGAUGUCGCCAACUCCUGGGAACGCCAGAGAGCUGCUGAGCCAAUUUCUUCAAUGCCCAGUGGCAAGCGUGUUCCACCGACUUCUGCUUCAUCCUGACCUGAAUGUCCAUGGAUUGGAGAACUUUCUGGGGCCGAUUCUUGACUUGGCCAAGCGAGUCCCCAAAGUGAAGCAGGUCGUGCUUUUCGAUGAGCUGAACACCUCGGAGAUCCUUGGAAUUUUGAAGGAGAUCAUUGUCGAUCACACCUUCCAGGGAGUGGUGCUGCCGGACAACAUCUUUUUCUUGGGGUGCAUGAAUCCCUACACACCUCGCAACUCGGCUUCCGGCGAUGGCCCGGGAGACCAGGCUUUGGCACACCGCGAGGAAUACUUCGUCCACAAGCUACCGACUUCAAUGAUGGCCCACCGCUGGCAGUUUCCUCCGCUCGAAAGAACAGAACUCCAGGAGUUCAUCAAGCAGAAGAUCAAGCUCCAGUUCAGAGGAUGCUCCUUCCUGGGGGAGCACUUGGAGAAUCAGUUUGCGCUCUUGAUGUGCAAAUCCCAGGAGCUCUUCCUGCAGAAAGUAGGUGAGAGCUCUGUGAGCCAGCGCGACCUCCAACGGUGCUUGACUGUGCUGGAGUACUUCCAGCGUCAUUGGCCCGGCUCUGAACGGCCAAAUGACAGAGUCAUGCGGUGCAUUCUGUUGUCUUUGGCCGUCGUGUACUACUUUCGGCUCUCUGAUGGGUGCAACUACGGCAUGGGUGACGAAGCCGUCACAGGGCACGACUUGAAGCAAGAGCUCUGCGAGUUGGUCCAGCAAGUCGUGGGCAUGAACUUUCAAGAAGAGGUGACUGCCGGAGUGAACUGCUACAUCUCUGAGCAGAACUUUCUGCUGCCGGAGGGAGUCGCACUGAAUCGUGACCUAAAAGAGAACCUCUUUGCCAUGCUGAUUACAACCCAGACGAAGCUUGCCAGCUGCAUUCUGGGCUCCCCUGGGCGGGGCAAGACUUUGGCCUUCGAGGUCCUUGUGCAAAACCUGCGUGGUGCACAGUCGCCCAAGGAGUUUUGCAAACGCUUCAGGGCUGUAGACCCUUUCUUCUAUCAAUGCUCACCUGACAGCAAGGCUGCUGAAAUCGAAGACAUCCUGAGUGGAGCGACCAGACGGGAGCAGAUGUACGAGCAACAUGGCGGGAAGGAACGCUGCGUGCCCUUCUUUGAUGAGGCACAGCUACCCCAGGAGUGCCGCAUGGUCAUGAAGCCUCUCCACGAUGUGCUGGAUGAGCGGCAGGUGGCGACAAUCAUAGUUUCUGGCAGUCCCCUGGAUGCUGCCAACAUGAACCGAAUGUCAAUUUUCAUCCGCCACACGCAGACACUGGAGGACUUCAUGGAGAUCGGAUUGGGGGUGCUGGGCAAGUCGGGGAUAGACCGGCUGCCUGAACGCACUCACUCAAUUCUGCGUGGCUUGGCGCGCGCAUUUGUCGACAUCCUCGCUGAUCCUCGUUUCCGUGGGGUCUUCUCCCAGCGUCACUUCAUUUCACUGCUCCGCAAUUUGAGAUUGCACUGCGUCGUGAAAAGAAAGCUCUUAACUCCCGAGCACAUCUGCCGGGCAGUGGAAGAGAAUUUUCAAGCUCCAGAUGUGAGCAUCUUGGCAGUGAUGCAGAUCUUUUGCCAAGCAAUCGCCCGAGAAUUCCCACCCAACAGCUCUGAGUUCGCAAGUGCGGGGGGCCUUGAAUCUCUUCGUGGAUGCUUGGAAUUAGCUCGGGCCUGCAUCUUCGGAGAGCGUGAGCAGUGCCUCACAAAAGGCAGCCCACACCUUGCGCCCCGCUUUUGCAUCGUGCUAGAUGACAUGAAGGAUGACAGUGCUUGCCGAAUACUCGUCCAGGAAGAGGUGUUGCCUGAAGAGAUUGAAGUCAUCGAUGUUCAGGACUACUCCAACGAAGCUGACGACUUCAGCUGCUCGGAAUGCGUGUCCCAAAUGACCCUGUGCAUGGAGUCGGGCAAGCCGGUCUUGCUGCGCAAUUGCAGCUCGGGCAAACUACUAUGCAGUUUCUACAACCUCUUGAACCAGAACUAUCGAGUGACGGAGUCCGCCGAAGGCCAGCAGAUCCUGUACAUCAUGAUUGCACAUGGGCCUAGGGUGCACUACUGCCGCGUUCACCCCAGCUUCCUGUUGGUCUUGCAAAUGCGAAAGGAAGACUUCCUGAACCAGCCUGCGGCUCUCAGGUCUCGUUUCUCUGUGGUGUCCCUUCCUUUAGAACAGGUCCUGCACGAACGCCUGGGCAGGGCCCUUGCUCGGGACGUCCAGCGGAAGGCGGUGAGAACAGCUCUGGACACCAUCCAGGAGCUUGUGUCAAAGCUUGGUGCCAAAUCUUUCGCGGGCUUGGCUGAGCACACUGUGGACUCUCUGCUGCUCUCAAUGGUCUCCGGCCUGCAGAGCAACAAGAGGUGUCUGCAUGAAUUUGCAACUUUGUGCAGCGAAGGCCUAGAGCUCAACGCGAGCACGGCUGUACAAGUCAUGGCAGUGAGGCUGUUGCAGCUACUGCCUCCGGAGCAGAUGGUGAACCAUGCCAGCAAACUGGGGCACGCAGACUUCUACCGCAACGCCUACUUCCUCCAUCAGAGCCACUUUUCACUUGUCGGUCUGCUCGCGACCGCGCGCACCAAUGCCGGAUCCUCUCUCCCGAAACUGGUGUUGUACACUCGCAGUUCAGCUGAGAUUCGCAUCCUACAGCAGAGCUGUGGCAAGAACACACUGUGGGAAUCUGGAGGCUCUGAGCGCGUAAGUGUUAUCGAUGCUGGUGAGGUGAGCACCACGGCUUCUCUCGAAGUAAAGCUCCAGGGAAGCUGUGCACAAACCUGUUCAGCGCAUACUGUGCUUCUCGUGGUGGACAUGGAGCACUCCAGCAAUGAGCGUGUCUCCUGCCUACGCACCGUUGUGGAUCGCAAGGCCAGGGAAAGCCCUUCGACUUUGUUUGCAGUCCUACUUCACUAUGCGCCGGAGCAGGUCAUCGCUGGAAGCCUGUAUCCCUGUUUGUUCCUUGACGGCUGGGACUUUUUCUUCAUCGACUCCCUCGGCCAUUGUGCCGCUUUCGACGAGGAGUGGCUCAUCAAGGAAGUCAUGGCUUCCGCCAAAGACGCCCAGCGAGAGCUGCGCAUCUUCAGCGAGGAGCAGAGCCAAGAGAAGUAUGUGGUGGAUUUCUGCAGGAGGGUCCGCACAGUUCCCAGCCGAUCUUUGAGGCCUCCGGCACCGGAGCCCAGACCCGAAAACGCGACUUUAGUUUUCAGCUUCAGUAGCUUGGCGGCGACGGUCGGCAGGGGCAUGGGCUACCUUUUCAACCAGAUUCGGACUGGAUCUUCAGAUGAGCAGAAAGUGCAGCGUUUCUAUGUGCCGGAGGCCACCGUGCAAGAAAGGACAAGUGCUGUGACCCUUGUGCUGCACAAGCAUCCAAAAAUCUGGCAGCACCUCCUCACCACCUUCCACGACUCUUUGGCUAAACCCACCUUGCACGGCCAACUCAUUCAUCUGGCUCAGCAAGUCCGUGAUGGGCGCCGGCUCAUGUCUUUUACCGAUGCGUUGAGGUUGCAGCUGCAUGGAGAAUUUCGGCAGCACGCCACGAGCUACUUGAGAGCACUCUGCGCAAAUGGGGGACUUCGCACUUUGAUAGCAGAUGACCAUGGGGUGGCAACGUCUUUGCUCCCGUUCCUACCCGUCUGCUCCCAGACCGGGACGGCUUUGGAGAAGUUCGUGGACAUCCCUUCCGGAUUGCAGUCAUGUGCAGCAUCUCCUCUGUUCCAGUAUUUGCAGAUGAGCCUGGAGCAGAUGCUGCUGCAUGCACUCCGCCGCAUUCAACCUGACCAGUGCGAUGACCCAGCUCUUGUUUCCAGGUUGGCCGAACUGGCAAGAGACGACUUGCGCAUCCUGGACCUGUGCCAGUCAGCACAAGAUGGGCUGGUCAGAGAGUACGCCAUAUUUCUGUUGGAGAAAAGCUGUGGCGGCCUAGCUGCGCCCAGUGAGAUGCUGAGUCUUCAGCUGAUGUGGCUUUUCGCACCCUUGCCAGCAGAAUCGGACAUCGUACACCAACUAGCAUGUCUCUGCGCCAGCCAUCAUGCACAUUCUCGCAGGCUUGGUAACUUGUCGACGGUUCUGCAACUGUGCAGUGAAUGCCCCCUGGGACAAGAUGCAGUUGCCGCACUGGCGAAGGAGGCCGGUGGAGCAAACGGACUGGGCCCUCGAUUUGGAUGCAGUGCCAGUGGGGUGCCACAAGUAGAAGCUGAGCAGUCAGCCUAUGAGCUGGAGGAAUGGCGCAAGCGCAUGGAAGAGCAAGCAACACAAUGCUUGUGCAAAUUGCUUUGGACGGAGCUGUCGCGAAUCAGCCAGCAAGAGACCGGUGAAAGCGAUGCUGUUAAGGCAUGGACUCGGCUCUAUGCCCUUGCAGAGCCGCACUUGCUCUCAGCACGCAUGCUAAAGAGAGGUCCCGGAGGUGGGCAGCUUCAGGUGAUGUCCCUUUUUGUGUUUCUUUUGGGUAGCGACUCUUCAUCCAGCAUUCCGCUGGCGUGCCUUUGUGAGCUGAAAGAUGCCGGUGCCGAACGAGACUUCGCAUCAGUUCUCACGGCUCUCAACGAUGUGUCGCUGGAAGAAAGCCAACUGGCAAGCGUUGCCAGGAGUUUGGUUGUGAAGAUACUGUGCCAUCAGGGUGCAGACUUCAAAGCCAAGCUGGCUCCUGGAAGGCAAGAGGACAUGCUCGCAAGCUUCUGGCAUGGAUGGCCAAGAGGACAAGUCCUUCUAUCGGACGAGCUUGCAGUCCUCGCGAUCUCGAAGCUUGGCCUGGAUCAAAUUGCAGAGGACUUGGUCUGCAAGGAGCAUCGAUACCUGCCGCCCUACGUUGCCCAAAGCCGAGACGACUCUUCCAGGUUGGCAGAUCUCUGUUUCGCUUGGAGAUGCGACUCCCUGUGCACGGCAAAUGGACGGUCGGGACUGCUGAUGGCAUUUAGCUCACGACAGAGACUCUUCAGUCAUGAUCCGAGAGUCGUCGACUCAAUCGAACUUGCAGCUUGGGAGUUUGUAUUCACCAAGCACCUGGCACGACUGUUGAGUGAAGACGGCCUGCAAGUGGACGAUUUGCUUCGUCAAGAUGAUGCCCUUCUGCGUGAAGCCUCGCAACUUUUUUUGGCGGCGCACGGUCCAGUGUUUCUGAAGGAGGUGUACUACCAGCGCGGCUGGCAAUACCUUCAGGAGCUGUUGCAGCGCGAGGAUUUGAGAACUGCCAUCCCGGCCGUGCCGGAAAUUUUGGGUCUUCUGUCCCAAAGUGAUUGUCAUGCCCAGAAUUCCACAAGCCGUUGGAGCCGCUCUGCAUCUUGGAGACUGGCCUUGCCGACUUUCCUCUUCCUCCCAUCCGAUUCAUGGAGCACUGCGGAGGCAGACUAUCGAUCCUUGUCGAGCUUCUUGCAAGAUGCUUUGGCCAAAUCUGACGAAGAUUUGAUGUUCAAGGCUUGUGUUCGUCUUCGUGAUGCACGGGGCCCGGGACAUGUCAAGACCAUGUUAAUCCUGCUAGCCUAUCACGGCUACUAUACGCUGGAGGCCAAUGCGAGCCUCCACAUGAUGUUGGACUGGCUACCCAAGUUGGCGCAAGCGCUGGACAUCUCAGAUGAGGAGCGUCACAUCUUCGCCUGCUUGAUUGAUCCAGCGGGAUGCCAGCCGGGCUACAACUCGCAGAAUUCUGUCGCUCAGAUGUUCCAGCUCGACUGCAACGACCAGCUGCAGGUGCAGAUCCGCCACUGCCUUGUCAACGGCCUUGCUUGCUGCCUGUUGAUGCAGGGUGACCGGAGGUAUCAUUUCUGGCAGCAUGUUGUCGACCCUGGAUCUUUGCACGGCACGUACGGAUUUGGCAGCACCUCAAACAGAGCGAUCGGAAGCAUCCACUAUGACUGUGGAUGUGUCUUCGAGUUUGACGGGAAGCUGCGCAGAAUGGAGGCCAAUCCCCACUGGCCCGCUCCAGCCGCAGUGGCCAGCUACUUCCAAAGUUAUGGGGCCUUCUGCCUCAGUUUCGCCUUCUUUCCAGAUGUUGCCGUCAGCUUGUUUGACCGGGUCUUGACCCCUUCAUCCAUCCACUCCCAGCGUGAGACAUACUUGAAUGCACACGGUGAGAGCCAAUCGGACCGCACAGCGAACUUCUGCUACCAGCGUACGGCUACGUCCUGGGAAUUCCUGCAAGCUCAUCUGCAGCUCGCAGGAGAGCAGGUGCAGGUCCUGAUGAACCGGAUGUUUGAGCGCAUCGCGGCCGAGUGCUUCCAGCCAGAUUGUGUUUUCAGAAACCUAUACAUGGAUGCUGGUGCACAGACGGAUGCCGAAACAGUCUUUCGUGACAUCCUUUCUAACGAGCUGCACAUGCUGCCGGAGCGGAUGGACUGUUUACAACAGAGCAACCUAUCAGAAGUCAUGAGGUCUGUGCCCCGCAGGGCGACGUUCUCCGACUUUGAGUUGGCACUUUCCGAAUUGGCGGACUUCAAUGUCGAGGCCCGGCUGCUUCUUCGAUUCUGUGCUGCCCGCGAUGAUCUCGGUUUGAUGUCUCUGGUGCCACCCAUCAUGCGGUUUUACAUUUGGCUCCAUGCCGACUUCGGCGAUUUCACCUGCAGAAAAGGUUGGUCCUGCGAGGAACUUGCCAGUCUGAGCGUGCGCCAGGCGCUUCAGGAGUACUACUCCCACCGAGAGAGGCCCGUGGGUCAGCCACACGGAGAUCGCCUCUGCGGCGAAGCCCUACAAGCCUGCCGCAGCUUCCACAGGGCCACGAAUGGCAUCCUACCUAUUGGUGGCUGCGAUGAGCCUGCACGACUGCCAGUCCUCGACCUGGAGACGCCGGUGCUGGACGUGUUGUCCCUGCACGGAACACACGAUGGUCACGACUUCCUGUUCCGGAUCAUGGAGUACCUUUUGAAGAGAAGGCAAGCAUACCUGGAUGCUGUGGAGAUUAUUUGCCAAGAGCCCGACGCACCUCCGGCCUUGCGGCAAGCCCUGAGCUUGCAAGGAACUGCAACCCUCCAAGCGGUGGUGGCCACCUCUCUGCUGGACCUGGAGUGCUCGAUGGGCGUCGACAGAUUCGAUGACCUUGCGGUAGCCGCAUGCCUGGAUCCUCUGGGUGAGGAAAAGACAUCCUUCGACACCAAUUUGCUUACGCGCCAUGUUCUGCAGGCCACAUGGACGGGAAAAAGCCGGCUGGACUUAGCUAGCAUCCACAAUGGUCUGCGACUUAGAAGCCACAAGACGGAUGCCCAAAAGGCUCAGGAUCCCUUGGAAUCGCUGGCUGAUAGAUUCAAGCAGCCUCCGCCCUGUGACCAAGCGGUCCAAGUCUUGGAAGGAUGCCUGCGAAGUUGCAGACAUGCAGAUUUGUUGGGAAGUGAGCAGGCAUUCGAGAGGGCUGCCCUGCUCCUGGACGAGGCGGAUAACCUGCAGAGCGACGAUCUUCUGCAAGCGCUUGAGUCAAUUGGGAUCCAGCUGCCACGGGCUCUUGUGGAAGCCUUGCAAGACACGACGCGUCCUGGAGCCAGUUCAUCAAGCUCGUCGACUUCCACAACCGCUACUUCCGUGCCAGGUGUGUGGAAGAUGAAGCACCUGGCCGCGGUGUGGAAAAUGAUCCGUUCCAAACUCAACAUUCGGGACUUCGCCUUUGUUCAGGUGCCAGACGCACUACGACGCUCCAGAAUUGAAGAUACGACAUCGGACGAGAUUGCACAAAGAAUGGAGUUGCUGUGCCCAGCUGUUCAAGACAUCGACCUGGCCUUGUCAGCAUUGCUAGGCCUCAUGGGAAGGAUUCUUGAUUUCAAGGACCGUCCCAUUCACCAAGUGGCAGAGGAUGCUGCUUGCGAUGUGCCUUUGCUGCUGGCCCUGCCAGAUUCCCUGGUAGGCUACCAUUAUCGAGCGCUGUGUUUGCAGUUGUGGGAAGCGCGCGAGACGCUAUCGCAGCUGGGUGAAGCAGGCGACAUUGGCGACAUGCCGUGCGUCAGCGGCCUUUGGUGGGAAGGCCCUAUGGACUCCGUCCAGCCGUUCUCGGAGCAUGAUCAUGCACCCUUGGUGCUGAUGCUGCGAGCUCCCAUUAUGACGACGAACAUGCUGGAGACACUGCAAUGCUUGAGGAGGUCGAGGUGGAACAGGGCGGAAUUGCGGAGUACCAGCCUGCUGGUGCAACCUCGAGUUCCCGGUCGCAAGCUCACAACAACAUGUUCACUUGGUGCGAAGAGGAUGAUCAAGCCCUCGAUCACUCAGAGCAAGAACAGGCUGCCACUAUCAUUGCUAGAAAUGUGCGCUCCUGGCUUCUGCUGCGGCAGCAGUGUCGAGAGCUACGAGUCUUGGAAACGGCAGCUGCCAUGA